GCGCAUCCCUUCGACGGCCUCCGCAGCUGGGGCGCCGCUCCCGCAGGCAGACUUCUUGUUCCAGUGCUGGUCAACCGUGAUAGUGAUGUCACUAGUCCAUUGCAUGCAGGGAUGUCUGAGGGUGAGCAGGAAAUGAAGCAGCUUUAGACAAUAACUUCAGCUGUCUAUAAAUGAACAUCAAAACGCAGCAUUGCCACGGCUGUCUGCCCAGCAUACCUGGUUACAAGAGCCAGAGGGAUGGUGGUAGUCACAGGGCAGAACAAAGCCAGUGGAAAUCUGGACGAUGCCAUGUCGAGUUCAGAUGCAGAGGAUGAUUUCCAAGACCCUGCCACUCCUACUGCAACUCAGGCAGGGCACUCGCUGCCUCUGCUGCCUCAGCAGUUCCCAGAAGUUGUUCCGCUUAAUGUAGGAGGCAUGUAUUUCGCUACCAGGCUGUCAACACUAAGACGCUAUGAAGAUACCAUGUUGGCUGCUAUGUUUAGUGGAAGACACUACAUUCCAACAGAUGCUCAAGGCAGAUAUUUUAUUGACAGAGAUGGAACUUACUUUGGAGAUGUUCUUAACUUUCUGCGAUCUGGUGACCUGCCAUCGAGAGAACGAGUGAGGUCAGUUUACAAGGAAGCUCAAUAUUAUUCCAUAGGACCAUUGCUGGACAAUCUAGAGGAAGUCCAGCCUCUUAAGGGAGAAAAAGUUAGACAAGCUUUCCUGGGCUUAAUGCCAUAUUACAAAGAACACUUGGAGCGGAUAAUUGAAAUAGCUAAGCUUAGAGCCAUGCAGAGAAAAGCAAGAUUUGCAAAGUUGAAGAUCUGUGUUUUCAAGGAAGAAAUGCCCAUCACCCCAUAUGAGUGUCCACUUUUCAACUCUCUACGUUUUGAAAGAAGUGAAAGCGAGACAAAACUGUUUGAACAUCACUGUGAAGUAGAUGUAUCUUUUGGCCCCUGGGAGGCUGUAGCUGAUGUAUACGAUCUUCUGCACUGUAUUGUGACAGACCUGUCAGACAAGGGAAUUACUGUGGAUCAUCAGUGCAUUGGUGUGUGUGAUAAACAUCUGAUAAACCAUUAUUACUGCAAGCGCCCCAUCUAUGAAUUCAAGAUUACUUGGUGAAACUGAGAAGAAUUGUGCAGGAGGAUGUCAGGGGAGUAUACUCCGUAACUGCUUUAAAUAACUUUAUUGACUUGACUUUUUCUUGGCAUAUACCAUCACAUUUUGCAAGUUCUAAAUUUGGAAAAAAAACAAAACACUGAUCUGUUAACCCUCAUAUAUAUUUAAUGAAUGCUGUAUAGAUGUAGAAUGACGCCAAACAUCUGCAUAACAAUGGAUUUUUUUCAGUGACCUUAGAACCUCUCUUAGGGCUUAUAUACCCAGGCACAUCCAAGAAAAUUAAUCCAGAUAAUUAAAAGUGUGACUUUAAAGUGGAUUAGAUAAACUUCAUUAAAUCUCUUUGUGGGUACUGUUAUUCAGAAUUAAACUGAAUUAAGGCCACUUUAUCUUUUAGUUCACUUCCAAACUGAAUUAAGGCCAUUGCUAUUUUGAAUAAAGAAUUUCUCGCAGGGUUUUAAUUCGGUUUAACUAAUCCACUUCAUAUUCACACUUUUAGCUAACUCAGAUUAAUUUUCCUGGAUGUCCCUGUGUAGACAAGCCCUUAAUCAAACACUCUAUCUCUAGUCAGUUAUGUCCGUGCAGAUCUCUCCUCCUAUCUGCCUAUUUCUCUAUCUCUGCCUAGUCCAAAGGCUGGUCUACACUAGGAACUUAUAUUUGUAUAGCUACAUCUCUCACACCCCCUGAGAAACAUAGCUGAGAAACAUACUAACCUAACCCCUGUGUAGACAGCGAUAGAAGAAUUCUUCUAUUGACCUAGCUACUGCCUCUUGGGGAGGUGGAUUACCUACGCCAUCGGUGUAGGUAGUAGUGUCUAAACUGAAGUGCUAUAGCAGUGCAGCUGCAGCAUUAAAGUGUAGACACACCCUAAAAGUAUUUAUACCACUCUGUCACUCUAGUAUCUGAGCACUUGGAAGGUAUCUUUUCUGUGCAGAAUCUGUCGCUUAUCUGGAUAAAUAUCAGGGCCUCCGUUCCAUUCUGAUAAAUGGAUCAUGUGGUUGUUUCAUGUCCUCAACAUAGUUUUGUUAUGAAAGUCAUGCUGCCCUGCCUGUUGUCAAAGGAACAGUAAGUGCAGCCUGUUUAGCCCAAAAUGUACGUACCUAAAAGUAUGGUGCAUCUUUCGCAGCAUCUUUGGAGAGGAUGCCUAUCAUUUUUUGGUUCUCCAGUGAUGCCGAAGGGAACCUGCUAAUAUUAUGAAUGACGAUUUCAGUGAGCUCCUGCUCCCCUCCUCCCCCAUUCCAGUUUUCCAGCUGUAAGAGGCAUAAGGAGAUCAAGUGACUAGCCUGAGGACACACAUUGAGGUAAUGACUGUGACUGGAUUCUUCCUUGUUCCCUGCCCUUUGUUCUAACCUCUACAUCAUACAUAUAUAGUCUACUUAAAUGCUCUAGGUUUAGGAAGUUUAUCUUGUAUGCAGGAGAUUCAACAUCUAUAUUGAGAACCAGAAUACACUGCCUUCAUUUAAAAAAUCCCUGGAAGUUAUCGGUUGGCAGCUGGCAGCUGCUAUAGAGACACUGAAGAGGUGUCCUUGAGUCAAACAGAGUUGUCUUAUUUCUAUUGUUGCUCCCCUCCUCCUUUGCAUCUCCCUUUGUUUCACCACUCUCCUUUUACUCCCUAUAGAGCAUUAGUCAUUUUUUUUAAAGUAACAUCAAUUUACACAAUCAGUUCAUAGUUCUUGUAGGUUGUUUUUAGGAAUGUAAUGAAUUUAGGCCAAGGAUGCCCGUACUUUGGGAUUCUGAGGGGCUUACUGGUGGACUUGCCAGAUCCUGAGGGCUACAUCAUAUCUGUGUCUCUUCCUGUUCUUCAUCUUAAAUUAGGACAUGAUUCUACAAACCUGGUGGAAGGCCGUGAUCUUUUGGCCUCAGCCAGCAAUAGUGGUCACGAGGCACACUCUUUCCCCCAGCUUUAUCUUCACAGGUCACCCUGGCUUAUGGAUGACCUGGGGGAAAUGACAUGAUAAGGAAGACAGAUGCGCUGGUGGUGAAAGUCUCAUGCCAAAGCUGAUAGUUUGCAUCACACAGAUUUCUUGAAUUCUCAUGCUGUGGUAGUGCAGGAGGCAAAGAAAUGUUUAUCUCCAUCGUAGCAUCUGUAAGGUCUGUUGGUGGAUCAGUUCCUGGUGGUGGAUAGCUUGGCUAAUCUGGGUUGUCUGCACCUGGUUGCCAAUACGAGUCCCUUCUGUUGUAAGGUAAUGCAGGUCAUUUUGGGGGUAAAAUGGAUCAGAUUGGGACUAAGUAUGUCUAUGGAGGCAGGGUUUCCCCUGCUUGAGUUUCAGCCAAGGUUGCUUAGAGUCUGUGGGUGUGUUGGAAGAACUUCAUGCCAUAUCCUGUGCUUAGAAUCCUUGUGCUUCCUGAGUGGGAAAGCUCAGUGCAGAAGUACUGGGUCAUACAACUGCUCACCAGCCAGAAAGGGCAAUGAUACAAAGCACAGAAUAUAAUGUCGGAGAAAAACAGAAUUCUCACUAUUUGUUUGUCUGCUUCCACAAUAGCAUGAAGUUCUCCCAACACAUCCAGAGCCUCUGUGAGCUAGCGCCCGGGACACUUUGGACACAGCUGGCUUAAGUGAUCACUGGCGCAGUACUGAACCUUGUAGUUAUGCUGAUCUAUAUGGUUACUUACAGCUUCAAAAAAGAUUAAAUUUUUGUAAUGCUUUUUGGAUUGUCCCUUGCGCUAUAGAGGAGAUCAAAGAUGGUUUUUAAAUUUUUAAUUGUUUAAAAUUUUUAAAAACAAACCCUCAAGGUUGUUUCAUUUUUCUUUCUGUGGAUAAGCUGAGUCUGAUCUGGGAAUUAUAUUUAUUUAUUUUAUACAGAUCUUCAGAUGGAUGUUACUUUCCAGGACAAGAAUUUUUGGUCAUUUUACUUUCACAGGUUUAGUAUGAGUUUACAGAUAGUGCUUCAGUGGGACUUUUAUAAGAGGAUUUUUAUUUUGUCAUGUUUUACAUUUUGUCAGCAAGAUGUUGUCUCUGUGCAUUAUAAUCCUGACUGCC